GCGAAUCAAGUCGCAUUCCUGGGGAAUUGUCGAUCGAAGUUCAUAUGAUUGGGAUGAUGGCGAGAAGAGCAAAUGAUGUGGGGUGUUCGUGAAUGCCGUGAUUCUGACUGAUGUGGGUUUUGAGCAGCUUCAGGGUUUGUCAUGAUCUGUGAGUGAUGGCGAUGCCAGAGAUGGGUUUAAGGAGUGAUGGAGGUGGCGACCUAACGAGGGAUUGAAGAGAAGGGUUUGAGAUUUUAAGGGGGGGGGGGUGGCUAUGGCGGAGAAGGGGAGCGGGAAGCUCCUUGGAGUGUCGGAUUGGGAGCAGUUGUUUCAGGAUUUUAAGGCGUCGCUCGAUUUGCAGCAGAAGUGGUUGGCGUCGUGGCCUGGUCUGACGAUUAUCGACCAAGCGCUACAAAGUAUCACGAAGAAGGAGUAUCCACUGAAGGCGCCAUUAUUCAAUUUCCUGGAGGAGAAUGGGAGUGCAUUGGUGGGCGAGGACGAUGCUCCUGCGGGAGUUGCAAUGUUGGUAGAGGGGCUAAAGAGUGUGUUGCAGGCGCAGGUGGACGGAGUGGCGAUCACUUAUGGAUUGAAGGAGCAGAUGAUGGUGAUGGUGACCACAGUUGCCAUUGACGUGGAUGCGAUUCAUUCUGCUACCGUGGCUUUUGAAACCCUCAUCGAGGUCCUGCUUGGAUUUAUCAACCGGACGAAUCAUGCCGUCGACCGGCAUGUUCGCGCUACGGCGUGCGACUGUUUGAAGGAACUCGAGAUGGCGCACCCAUGCUUGCUGAGUUCGUGUGUUGGGCAUGUGUUUUCGUUUUGCCAGAGUGAGCGGACGCAUGCCAGCCAAGCCUACAAGUUGCUGCUCACUGCUAUAUUGCACAACAUGGCGUGUCACAUGUACACUGGGAAGCAGUCGAGGUUGGUGGGGUCGAACUCUUUCUUAUCAAUCACUACCCCUUUGGUCCCGUUUUCGGUUCCUUCGUAUCUGGCUGCAUCCAGCGCUCGCCAAGAAGCAUCUUCCGUGCCCACAAGAGAACUGUCCGCAGGCAGCAUCAAAGAGUUCAAACGUGCGGUUGCUUAUCUGCUCCAACAUUUGGAUCUAUUGACAGAAUUCGGAAUGUUGGAAUUUGUGACCAGGUUCAUUAAUAUUGCAAAAGCACUUGAGCUUCACGGUUCUCUUUUGAGACCCACAGUGUCUAGUCUCUUAUAUGCCUACAACCCAGUUAUAAUCCACGUGGUACUCGUAAUAUUUACGCAGUUUAUUAAGGCAUUCGAAGGGGAAGAGAAUGCGAUUGUGAAGCGCCUGGCUACUCUCUGUUGUGAAAGCCAACAGCCUCUUCCCAUUCGGUUACUUGGUCUGCAUUGGCUGUUGGGGUUAGAAAAGCAGCUUCAAUUAGAAGCUUCUAUCAUUGCGCCCGAGGCUCCGGGUCUCUACCCCCGCAUGUACGACCCUCUUGCUUUACAAGCAUUGAAGCUCGAGACUUUGGCACAGUGUGCAGUUCAGCUCAAGUCUGCAACUGAAUCACAAUUGGCAAGUAACGGUUCUACAUUGGGGAUCUUUAAGGUCUUAGGGAUGGACGUGACGCCAACAGAUGCUGCGAGUAAAAUCCUGAACGAAGGUUUGCUUUGUUUGUCGUCUUUCACAUGGCUGCCUCCUUCUAGCACAGAGACACAGAUAACUUUCUUUGCCUUGCACAAUUUCCUCACCGCUGCUGCUCCACAUAAAGGAUCAUGUCCAGAUGCAGAGAUUGGCAAAUUCACCAAGUCACCCUUAUUCUGUACCAUACAGCUGAUCCUUGUGAAAAUGGCUUUAAAAAUCCUCACUCUUAUCCCCAAUAUUCUUAAGCUUGUGGACCAGCUUCUGGCUUGUGAAGCGCAUCACAGAUUAGGUGAGCAUCUUUUGCGCACCUUCAAUGAUGACUUGCUUCCCCAGUUGGCCCCAAGCCGCAAUUUGCCCGCUUAUUUUCCCCUUCUAGAGCGGAUUGCUGAGAAUAAAAACAUUCCUCCGGCCCGGCUGCUGGAGCUCCUUACCAUGUAUAUAAGAAAGCUUGUCGAAGAAGACAAGGGAGAUGAAGGCUUGCGACUCUGGCAACGAGGUAACCAGGUUCUUGGAAUCUGCUGCAAGGUAUUGAUGCACCACCAAAGCUCACGAGGAUUCCAUGGACUCGUCCAAUUGCUCACAUAUAUGUGUAGGUUCUUCCCAGAUCUGGAUGGGCGUGACACCGCCAGAUUGUACUUGAGAAUGCUCAUUAGCAUUCCGGGAGAUCCUCUUCGUAGGAUUUUGCGGUAUGGAGACAAGCGAAUCGAAGAAGCUAACGCUUCACAAUAUAACACCGUUUCUUCUAAUCCUAGCAAGCAGGAGACUCAGGCCCAAGUUGCUGAGUAUGUUAAACUUACAAGAGAAAGAACACUACUGGUUCGUCACUCAUGGUCUUUAGUUCUCUACAACACGUUUCAGACUGGUGUUGAUGGAGGAUAUACAGAUUUAGACCUGGGGGUCCGGGUUCCUGAAGUAGUUGUCGAGGAUGUUAGUGAUCAACCCAAGGAGGCAAGUGAAGAAGUGAAAAAUAAGAGCAUCCAUGCAACUGUCAGUGAGAAGGACGCUUUCAUUGUUCAAGACGCAGAAAGUAAAGUCAAGGAGAAAAAAGGAAGACCAUCUGACGCAGUUCCACGUGUAAUGGAUGCAAGGACCUCUAGUAUUUUAGCUGUACUACGGCAACAUUUUGAGGAGAUUCCAGACUACCGGAAUGGUUUUGGGGUAAAGAUCAGCGUUCGGUGUGAAUUAAGGUUUCUGGGUGAAGUACUGAUGGGCUUACUGGCAGAAUCGUAUGGUGGAUCAGAUCCCAGCAAUGUGUCUGAAUCCUGGCCCGCAAUAUACGCAGUUGUAAUCUCUUUCAGUUCUACCGGGCUAUAUGGACCCAUUCAUUCUGUACACGUUCCCUUUCUCCUCAGCGAACCACCCCAGAAUAGAUCCUGGCGAACUCCAGGGACAGAAAGUCCUACAUCAGUCAUUACAGAAGCUGAUCCAAAUUUUAGCAUCGAGAAGUCCAAUGCUAAGAGUAAAACUUUUCCCGAGGAUUCUGAUGAUGACCGUGGUCAGCAGUUUCUUCUGCUUGAGGGAUCGAAAGAGGAUGACGAAGUCACUUAUAGCGAGACUAUUGUCGUGGAAUUAGAGCCCAAGCAGCCAGUUCCCACCCUUGUGGACGCAAAAAUCGUCUUCUCUAAUGAAGAUGGGCACACCGUACAAGGCCAGCUUGAUUCAAUUCCAGUGGGGAUCGAAGAUCUAUUCCAGAAGCCCCUGCUCCCCGAAGACCUCGCUCACUGUGACCAGCCCGAGUAUCUUUUUUCUCUUUUCAAAGCUCUGUUCGAGGCCUGCAGUGGCCCUGGCCGCUUGGGUACUGAGACGUUUCUCUUGAAAAAUGCUGAGUCGAAAGCUGGGGUUUCAAUCGAAGGCUCGGAGAGUGUGAAGCUUCUGGAAGGGCAGGCAGAUCGCAUUGUGGGCGCAGUUGAGCAAUGGCUUGGCCCCUUUGUAGUUGCUGUGAGCGGUAGCGCACUGGUUAGCAUGGUUAAAGAUGGGGGUAUGUUAACUCAUCCUGUGUUUUUGGAGGACGACUUUUCAUUCCACCCUCGAGGAGACGCCGGAAGAAGCUCACAUGGGUGGCCGGGCGAUGGCGCCAUCCUUAGAUUAGAAGAUUCCAAGAACAAAGCAGAGCAAGGCUCUGUCAAUCCCAACGCACGGCCAAUGGGCCUUGAAGUUGGCAGUAAGGGUGGGUUAGGGUGUUUUUACGUGCUUAUCUUCCUGCCCCCACGAUACCAUUUGCUCCUUCGAAUGGAAGUAUCUGACUGGUCUACGCUGGUACGUAUCCGCACUGACCACUGGCCAUGUCUUGCCCAUGUGGACGAGUUCCUCGAAGCUCUGGUCAUGUCAAGGUAGCACUGUAGGAAUUGUAUGAUCGUGUCGACACAUUUAUAGUCUGGAUUAGUGUUUUAUUUUGUUUGACCAACAGAACAGUACUUCGGCUAUUCCUCAUGUUUAGAAACUUGAUUGGUGGAAUUGUAAUAUUCCAACGAAGCUGCCUUCUAGAUUGUCAUAGGUUUGUCAUCAAAUACUAUUCCUAGAGGGUUGUUUGCAGGAAGACAAGCGUGGGUGCUCUAUUCGUGAUUGUCGACACCGAGGUUGGGACCUAGUACGUGUUUUGUAGCAUUAUUUUAUUAGGUAUCGAAGAUUAUUAAAAUUUAAAACUCGUAGAUCUUAGCAGCUUCAUGUCAUACGUGAUACUGUCUCAAGUCGAGUGACUGCAGAGUGUACGUAUAGCAGCAGACCUGGACUGUAGAUAUGCCUUUACAAAUUCUCCUACACCAAGUUAAUGUUUUCAAGCCCAAUGUUGUGUUUGGGCGUUUCAUACGUUCUAACAGGAUUUGUGUUGAAGUAAUGCUCACCUUGUUCCAAUUUUAGUGCAAUAUUCAUUUACUCUCAGAUCUAUCAAUAAAGUCACAGAAAUCACAGCGUGAUUUAUCUUGGAGCCUGA